AAUUCCUCCUCCCACGGGUUCCUCUCUCCUCCCUAGCUCUACCCCGGCCGCCACACGCCCGCCCAAGCAGAGGGAAGGAAGCCUACUUAAUUGCCUUGCAGCAGCAGGUACGUACUGCAUGGCCCAGGAGUGCACGGAGGCCUCCAUCGCGAGCUCACCGCUGCACCCUCCAUGUUCGGCUUUCUGGUGGCGCGACAUGCAUCCAUAUUCCACUACCCCUGCUUGGCCGCCGCCGCCCGCCACAGCGGCCACGCCGCUCUGGGCCCUGCUCGCUCAACACAGGACAUCCUCCUCCGGCGCCGACGACGACCUGUCCGCCUCCAACGCCACCAUGCAGACCUCCUUCACCAAAACCUCUACCAACCACUCCGGCAUCAGCAUGGACGACUCCUCAGCCGCCACUGCGGCGAACCAAGUCGUCAUCAGUGGAGAUUAUUGACUAAAGAAGGAGACCUCCAGGCCUUCGACGCCAUGCUAUCCAAGAUGAAAUCUACGACGUCUGGGCUUCUUCGGCUUUCUUUGAGGACGGCUUCCUGAAUGCUCUUUUGGUGUCUGGUUUAGGCUGGCCUGCGUGCCAUGUAAGGCCGCUGGCCUUGUAAUGAUACUUUAUCUUCUGUGCGUGAUACUUUGUUGGGUGCUGUUGUUGGUCAUAUACUCUGCCUGGUGGCUUUAUCUAUAAAGUCGGGCUCUCGCCUUUUCUCUAAAAAAAUGAUAGAUGACAAAGAAGCAAAGG